UGGAUGAGAUUAUUGAGUUAAUUCGGAGGCACCCUAUCUUGUAUGAUCUUUCUCAUGAGGAUCACAAGAAUAUUCGCAAAAAAGAUAAGAUUUGGGAAGAAAUCCGAAAGGAAAUUUGUGAAGAGGGUGAGUGAAAUAAUGUAUAAUAUUUCAAUUAAUAUGAUUCUUCUUUCCAUACAAACGAAAAAGUCUAAUUUAUCAUUUUUCUGUAUUGAGGAAAGUGACAAAUUGAUAUCGUACAGAGAAUGCCAAUCUUGAUGGUCUCCCUGCCAAAGCGGCAGGUACUGGUCCUACUGGAUCUAAAAAGCUCAAUCAAUCCAUCGUCAGAUUUUUUCGUUAUUGAGAAAUUAGUGGAAUAGAUGUUAUUUUCACUACAAGUUUUGUCUCAAUUGGUCUGAAUUAUAUUCGAUUUGGUAUGAGGGGUACUCCGAAAUCCGCAACGAAUUUCCGUCACGAAUUCGGUGCGAAUUUUCCGCGUUGGUUUGUGGGAGCCUUAAUUUUCGAUGCAUUGGUUAUACCCAAAAUUUGUUCCGAUUUGCCAAGUUCGAGAAUAAUAUUUUCCUCACCUUCCAUAUCGGCUCUGGAAUUUGCCGAUCCAACUUUCGAUAGUCCACGCGUGGUAUUAUUCAUUUGUUAGGAGCAGAAAUAUUUCUUUCUCACUGGUCUUGUGGAAGGUAGGAUAGGAGAGCCUUCUGCUCUUGAGAUUCCUGCGUAGGUGUUCAUGGCUAAGCCGAUGGCAACAAACCAUAUGGUUAGUUCACUGCAUGUUACAGUUUAUUUAAUUUAACCUUGAAGGUCUUUUGGGAGAAUGAAGAACUUUCAAGUUCUGAUUUUCGUUCGGCGGAAGAAAAUCUGUGUGAGAAAAUGUAUGUUGUAUCGUUACUGUUCGUUACCCAUAUCAUUUGCAGAUACUCGCUCCAUGGCCAUACAUCACCUUUAGUCAUUGGAGCGUAGACUUGAAAUGAAUCCCUCUCUUAGAGAUGAUUAUUGUGAAUUCAUGCAGGAUAAUCUGGAUUUAGGUCAUAUGACAUUGGACGAUUCGAAUUCACCAAAAGUUGAUUCUUAUUUUAUACCACAUCACUGUGUGAUAAAGUCAGAUAGCUCUUCUACUUAAUUGAGAGCCUUCUUUGAUGCUUCAUCGGAGGUGAUGGAUAACCCCUCUCUGAACGAUUGUCUUCUCAAAUUUUCAGAAUAAUAUCCAUACCAUUCUUCUUCGCUUUCGAUCGAAAUAUGUGUUCAAAGCCGAUAUUCGCCAAAUGCACCACCAUGUCUUGGUUGACCCUUAUUAUCGAAGAUAACAGCGGAUUCUCUGGAGGUUCAAAACAUCUGAUCCAGUAUUAUGAGUUGAACACGGAACUUACGAGAUUUCUUCAGCAACCUUUUUGGCACUUCGAACUAUUACACCAAUUUGCGGAUGAGGAAAAAAGAAUAUUUUUCUCUGGCAUCCAAAAUACUUCAUGAGGAUGUUCAUGUCGAUGACGAUGGAUUUUAGUUGAGGAAAUAGUCGAGCAAUAAAGUAAGUAUUCUUUAGGAAAUUCCGAUUGAGCAUCAGUUGAACCUGUCUCUUCCGAUGAGGGUGAUUUUGUUAAGAUUCUAGGUCUAGGAUUUAACCCAUGUUCUGACUGUCUCACAUUCUCUGUCCCCAUCACAGAUAAAAAUUGUUCAAAACGAAGUGUUUUCUUCCAGCUUAGAUGUAUUUAUUAUCCUCUAGGUUUUCUGACGCCCUUUACAUUUCUCACGAAAUAGUUCUUUGGGUUCAAAGGUCAGAAUUAUCUGAAUUGCAAGAUUUACAAAUUCCAUGCCAUCCUAGUCAGAGUUCUCAAGUGAAAUGUGAACAUCAACAACAAGGAUUUGGUGAUCCAAGCGAGAAAGGUUAUGCAGCUGUAGUUGUAGCUUACUUCCGAUUCUUUGAUUAUGCAGGAAACGUCUUGACUUCUCUCGUUUAUGCUGAGUCCAAGUUUGCUCCUGUUGAGCGGAUUUCGCAUCCUGGUCUGAAAUUAUGCGAGAUAGAAUUUUAAGGUUGGGCGGUCGUAUUUCAUUUUAUGAUGAAAAACAUCCCUCGAUUUUGGGGGUCCUUUCUUUGUUACUAUGUCACGAAGUCGUGGAACUAAAUAUACCAAAGCCUGCUUAUAUGUUUUGCAGUGAAGGCAGUACACCAUUUCCCAAGUUUCAAGAUCUCUCUUCAUGCCGUUAAUUAAUGAUAAAAUCGCCGAAAACCCCAAAACGUAAAAACGGAUUCGCCCUUAUUACAUAACACCGACGUGUUGUUGGAAAUUUCAUCCUUUUAACGUUAAAAGGCGAGUUAGUAGAUUGUAGAUUUUAUGGUUCCUAUUUUGCUAUUUGAAUGCAAAUAGCUAUUACCAUCUUUCUGAUCAUGCCGGAUACAGAAUAAGCUCGAAUAACUCUGAAAAGUUUCCUAAUAUCAGUGAAGUCAUGUGAUCAAGAUCAAAGUUCACAUUUGAAAAAAUGAAGUUGAGGGCUACUUCCGGUAUAAUCGAAAUCAACAAAAACGAAAUAUUUUGCCAGCAUCCUGGAAAACACUCUGAAAAUGAAUUACAUAAAAAUACUUGAGACCUCAGUUUAUUUUAAUUCAGCUGAAGAAAGAUUGACCCUGUGGAAACGGAUGGUUACUAUUCAUUCUGUCGAGUUAAAGCAUUUUGUUUCCUCAUGUUCUCUUUCAUUUUAGGUAUUUCACAAACCUCUCAAGUAAAA